CAAAAAAGGAUGGUUCACACCGAUUGCCACACUUUUUCCUCUCCCACGUAUUCAUCCCCCUUCCCGAUCACCGUCACCAUUCUCCGUCUCGUCUGCCGGACGAUUACCUUUGAUCCGAAGCUAUAUAAAACAGACGGGAACGGAAUACUUCCAUUUCUUCAUCAUCUUCAUCAAUAAUUCAUUUCUUCUUUUGUCUCCACUUUACUCGAUUUUCCUAUCGAAGCCGCGUCCUUGCAGUAUCAACCUGAAGGUUGGCAUUUCAUUGCUGUAGUGAGAAUUCGUGGGUUGGAGGGGAGUCUUUGGGGACACAACAUGCUCUAAUGCUCAAAAUCAACUCAAAAAGGAUACGUUUGCUUUGUGCUUUUCUCACACUUGUUAGUGUCUUGUUUCAAUCUUAUACGUUUUUUUACCAACCGGCAGGGUGGGCUGUCCACCCUUAUGAGGAGGCUUUACCCAAUAAGAAUUAUGAGAGGCUUUUGGAGGAAAAUUCAAGUGUUGUAGGGAAUGUUGACCAUUUGGAGGGUAUUCAACAUGUCCAGUUCUUCACUCCACCCAUUUCUUUUGCAAGUCAGAAUCUAUCUAAGAAAUCUCUGAGAACAGAUGACCAGACUGCUCAUGUAAGAAAUAGGAGGAAUAUCAAGUCUCCUUAUGUACCUUCUCGCAUUCCUGGUAGAAAUGGUUCUUAUCACAUGCUGAGAUAUAUCACAUCAUUAACGCCUGAUGAAGGACUUGAAUAUGCUAAAAAGGAGAUUGAGCAUGCACAGUUGGUUGAUGAUGAUCCAGACUUGUAUGCUCCUCUAUUCAGAAACGUUUCUACUUUUAAGAGGAGCUAUGAGUUAAUGGAGCUCUUACUCAGAGUUUACAUAUACCAAGAAGGAAAGAGACCUAUUUUUCAUCAACCACAUCUCAAAGGGAUUUAUUCGUCUGAGGGAUGGUUUAUGAAGCAUAUGGAGGAGAAUCAUCAAUUCGUUACAAAGGACCCAGAAAAGGCUCACCUAUUCUAUCUUCCAUACAGUGUCAAACAGUUGCAGAGAGUGCUUUAUGUACCCAACUCCCAUGACCUCAGGCCUUUAUCUUUCUUCCUACGGGACUAUGUGAAUGCAGUAUCAGCAAAAUAUCCUUUUUGGAAUCGCACACAUGGAUCAGAUCACUUUUUGGUGGCUUGCCAUGAUUGGGGACCUUACACUUUAAAGGAUCAUGAGGAGCUGCUUAAAAACACAAUAAAGGCACUCUGUAAUGCAGAUCGAUCUGAAGGAAUAUUUGUUCCUGGGAAGGAUGUUUCCUUGCCAGAAACCACUAUAAAGAAUCCCAGAAGGCCCCUUAGGAACCUUGGUGGGAAAAGAGUUUCACAACGCACAAUUCUUGCAUUUUUUGCUGGGCAUGUGCAUGGAAGGGUUCGUCCUAGACUUAUAAGGUAUUGGAGUGAUAAGGAUGAAGACAUGAAGAUCUAUGCGGCUUUACCAAACCGAGUGUCCAAAGUAAUGAGUUAUCCUGAACAUAUGAAAUCCAGUAAAUAUUGCAUAUGUCCGAUGGGGUUUGAAGUGAACAGCCCGAGGAUCGUUGAGGCAAUAUAUUAUGAGUGUGUCCCAGUUAUAAUUGCCGAUAAUCUUGUCCCUCCUUUCAACGAUGUGCUCAACUGGUCUGCAUUUUCAGUGUUUGUUGCUGAAAAAGAUAUUCCUAAACUGAAAGAUAUUCUUCUAGGUAUUCCUAUGAAACACUAUCUUACAAUGCAGAAUAAUGUCAAAAAGUUGCAGAAGCAUUUCCUCUGGAACUCACGACCAACUAGGUUUGAUUUAUUCCAUAUGGUUCUACAUUCACUCUGGUUAAGUAGGCUCAACCAACAUCAGUUGUAAUAUUUGGCCUGAAAUUCUGUUUGGUGGAUGUUAAGUGUGUAUGGAUAUGAGCCAGCUUAAGUUUAUCUUAAGUUGGCAUUGCAGCUAUAUUCACUCAAGUGUGGAAGAGUUUUUAAUGUUCUCGAGAAAGUUGAUUAAUUUACUUGGGUCACUUAAAGCCUGUCAUAUGAUGUCAGGGUGUGAUUGCAUUCAGCACACAUUUACAAGGGCAAGAAAUGGAUGAUCAUUAGAGCAUUCAUCUACAAGCAAAAGAGUGUGACAAGUGAAUAUUUAUUUAUCCUGGAUACAAGAUUCAGAGCAGCAUGACAUUGUAACUUUUGCCACAUUCAAGGAGAGGUUUCUAGGUGUCUGGUUUUUAAAGAUUGCUUACAUAAUAGACCAAACUGCAGAAUACAUAGCUGCAUGUUGUAUCAAUGUACAUUUUACGAGAAAAUGAUCGCAAUGGUACAUGAACUUGUAUCAAAUGGAGUAAAUAGUACUUCAUCUAGCUUUUAAAGUACAUGAACUUGUAUUUUUAUAGCCAAUCAAGUACAUUUGCUCUAUCAGAACGUUAAAAUAGCUGACUUGGCCAAACUAUCCUUUAUUACACAGGUUGCAGUCCAAGUCAUCAAAUAAUUAAUCUAUAAAUUCUAUUUUCCUCCAGUCCACUCGUUUUCACCUUCACUCUUCAUCUCAUAUUUUUCUCUCCGCUCUACAUCUUAUAUUGCUCCUGUCUGCUCUCCCUCCUAUCCUAUCGACUUCUUCGUUUUGCUCUAUUUUAUUUUCUUCUCUUACUAUAAUAAAGAUCGGCCGAUAACAAAUAAAAGAAAAGCCGGUGGGAUAGCAGAGAGAGAAGACGAAAGAGAACUAGAGAAGUAGAGCAACACGGGCGGAGCUAGAGGGGCCAGCUUAGGCCAAGGCCCACCUCAAAUUCAAAAAACGUUUUAACUUUUAAGUAAAAAAUUUGUGUAGUUUUUUAACGUUUAAACUUUUAAGCAACACGUACACAAAAUAUUCUUUGUACUGCUCCAGUACGACCCAAUGCCUUGACUCCGCACUUAGAGAGCAGAUGAGAGAAAUAUAAGAUGAAGAGCGAGAGAAGGGAGAGAAAAAUGUGAGAAAUAUAAAAUUAAAAGCGAAGGUGGAAACGACUGAACGGGGAAAAUUAGAAGUUAUACAUUAAUUAUUUGAUGUCUUGGAUUGCCACUAUAUAUUUCAAAUUGAUAAUUUGGUCAUGUCAGCUAUUUUUAACGUUCUGAUAGAACAAAUGUAUUUGAUUGACUAUAAAAAUACAAGUUCGUGUACUUUAAAAUUUCAAAUGCAAGAUAAAGUACUACUUACUCCCAUCGAUACAACUUCGUGUACCAUUUUGACCAUUUUCUCUACAUAAUACAUAGGAUUAGUGUGUUCACUAACCUACUUAUACAAAAACUCGAUUUAGAUGAAUUAUCCUUCAUAUUCUAUUUUCUUAGUGCUGUCACAGAAUCGUACAGGUACUAGUAUAUUACAAUUUGAUGGCAUCUAUGCAUUAAUGUAUAAUGUAUAACUAAUAUUACUAUCAUGAAGCUUGUGCUGCC